AGUGCUGUUCAUUGUCAUGGAAAAUUAUUAUCCUUUUGUUAUAUUAAGUAGUUGUUGUUGGAUGUUAUUUGUCUCUUUGAAAAACAUCUGAUGUAAAUUUGGUGUACUUCAACUCAAAUGCCUACUACUAGAACCAAAACCUACUACUAAAUGGUUCCAAAAACAUUGCAUGUUAUUGUAAAAGUCUUGGUCAAUAUUCUCGUGUUACUGUGAUGUAGUAGACAAAUUUUUAUGCUUGGACAUUUUUAACUUUUCUUAUAGCAACUAUUGCUCUAAAAUUCUUUGCUGGUCUCUUACUUCUAUUGAUGGCAGAAAAGAACACAUUUGGGUACACCUACCAGGACAGUUUGUUCUACGUUUAUCUUGCUUUGGGGUUGCAGACCCUAAGAUAUCAAGAUAGCUCUUGAUGGUAUAACAUGACAUUGGAAGGAAUUAUCGAUGACUACUUUGAUGGGUACUUUUCUGAAGAAAUGAUUGUCCCAGUUUACGGUACUAAGCUUGACGCUGCUCGGUGUGAUGUUGUUCUUUGUCGGCGUGGAGCUAGUCGUCGCCACAUAUACCCGUUGCCUCCGCUUGAUGUAGUUCGCUAUGGACAUAGACAUGGGAAAGUCACGACGGAGAUCCCCCACUUCAACCCACGGAUCCGGGGUGGCUGUGGUGGUCAGCUGGUGACUGAGCUCAAAAUCUGGUUCAGCGUCAAUGGUUGGCUGCGCUCCAGUGCGAGGGGUGGUGGCGCUUUGAGGAGACAGCUGCAUGCCUUCAUCAGUUGCUUUGUGUACUACUUUUCACUUUCAGAAUCAAUUCGUGAUUCCAUAGUGAGUCAUUACCAACGAAAUUAUGGGGGGGUUUCCCUAGGCAUCAGAUCAGGAAGCAACAAGCCCCGUCUCUUUGGUGGUCUCUUUGGUGCUCCAGUAGUGGAUAUUGCUGGAAUAGCUAAAGGACUUGGUUGUAACACUUGCUCUGAACUUUACUCAAUAAGAAAGUUUUCGAAAAAUUGAAGUCGGAUUUUUUCAGGCUUCCUAUA